CAACACCUUUACCCCAAAAAAGACCUCCACCUCAGGACUGAACCAUUGUACAUCACACAUAGCUAUUUGGAAGGGAAAAAACGACACUAUUGUUAUUAUUAUUAAUAUUAUUAUCAUUAAGGAAUGCCUCUGGUGUCAAAUGAACGCAUUAAGGUAUUGAGAUGUCGUUUUGGGUCUACUGUAACUCCUGCUUUCUCUCCGCCGCUGCUGACCGUCAGCUGGCCGUCACCACCUGUGGUCAUGUCAUCUGCAGUGUCUGCUACCAGAAAGGCAAACAAAAAAACUGUUUAAUAUGCAGCAGCCAGUGCCAAAUAUCCCCACUUUCUGACAAAAGCAGCUCUGAAGUGAAGACUUUGUUCUCAGACAUCAACGUCGUGACGACUAAGCACUUGACGGAAAUCAGCAAAGUGAUAUCGUUCCAGUCAAGACACCAGAGAAAGCUGCUGACUCACUACAAGAAAAGAAAUGAAAAACUGGAAGAAACAUUCGUGAAAAUGAAGCAAGAAAUGCAGAAGAUGGCAAAGAAGCUGAAUGAACAGAGUGUCUACAUUGCUAAGAUGGAAAAGUCCCUUCAGCAUCAAAGCGCCAUGGCGCCGCCUGUGUCACAGAUGAGCCGCGCCUCCUACUCUGCACACGUGCAAAAACCGGCCCUGCAGAUUCCAUACAACUCCCCAGCUCCCCUCCUACGACACUUCCCAGCAACUAACAUCCAUGAAAACACUGAAGUGGAUGAAAUGAGUCUGUUCAGGAAACCCAACUCUGUUUCCAGACUGUCAGUUAACAAGCCCCCCCAGGAUGGACGAAUGGGCGCCGUCUCCAGCAGACCGUCCAGCCAAAACAUGCCGGGCUUCCACAGCAGCCAAUCCCCCUCAGUCAGUCGCUUUCAGGGAGCCCCUUUAACCCCAGAGCUGUCAGCAUUCAACCACAGGUCUGCAUGGACGUCUCCCAUCUUCAAGCCUUCAUCCUCCUUCAGAGGCUCCAUGUCGUCUCUAGUCUGUCCAUCUCCCUGACAAACACUCAGUAACUGUCAGGAGGUUUGCAGAUGUUCAUGAUUUUCCCCCCAUUCUCCGUCUGUGUGUUGGUCCUAAUCUCCCUUUAACGUGUUCAGCUAGACCCCUGAAAUGUAUGGUCAAAGCACUGUCUAUGAAUGUAUUAUACCAGUCUGCAUAUAUUCUGAGAAGAAUUAUUUCUAAUUAAAUGAUUAUUUGAUGGAGAAAGA